ACGGCAUUUCGAGCAUGCGGGCAGACGUCGAACCCCGCAGACGCCAGAUGCGAUCGGAGUGCCUCUGCGCGAGUGGCCUGAGGACGCUGGGGACAGUUUGACGGCGACGGCAGGCCAUGUCGGGCAUCAGCACUACUGUACCGCGCAGUCGACGUUGUGCGGGGAGAAGCAAUUACGUGCGGCGCGCGAGCACGAUGGCGGCAGCGUUGGAGACUGCGGACGAGGGCGCUGCAUGGCGGAGGGAGGGCAAUUUGGAAGGCAGACAGCGCGUGGGGGCCAUGGGCGUCGGGAUACCGUCUACCGUCUCCCGCCCACCGUCUCCCGUCUCACCGCGAGCAGCUCAACGCGUCUGCGACGGCUUGCGUUGUGCCUCCGAGGAGCGUCGACUGAUGCUGCGAAGCUGGACGCUCCUGCCGCCCACGCGUGCCGUGGGGGCGGCGCCUGCCUCGUGCGGGCCUGCGCGGGGCGAUGAUGGGCGUCUCCCAGCCCUGAGGGUUGGGCUCCUCGCUCUCCACAGCGCUGUUCAGACGGUGCACACCUGGGCAGCAGACGUCGCCCGUGACCGCCGGCCCUUUAUUACUUUUCGAUCAGCACCUCAUCAGCCGCCCGCAGAUGUCGUGCCGGCCACAGGAGACGCGGCGUUGCGAGAACGGGCAGCGCGGCUUGCACCGGAGCGCGUUCGGCCGGAGUCGGGAGCUGCAGCUGGCGACGGGCAACUGCGGGGCAGCGAGGAGAGCGCGAGGGGAAGGGAACGCGCUGCCACUUUAUGCACGCACAGUCUCUCGCCCACCAACGCAGGGACAGCGUUCCCCCGGCCGUCCUCCGCGCUCCUCCACAGCACGCCGGCAUGUGCUCCGUCCUGGGCGUCUCGGGCCCGCGCUGCACGCCCGCCAAUGCGACGGGGCACGUCUGUCCAUGGCGCGGAGCCUCUGCUCUCGACGCGCUCCAGCAGAACGACGCCGCAGGCACCCGCCGGCGCCGUCGUCCAGGGCGGCGCUCAAAGCGUCAUAGCGGGCAUCCCAGGUCCACGGUCACGCUGCGCCGCUGCUGGAGCCGGGCAGAUCGCUUGGCCGUUUCAAAGCUGAUCGAAGCUUCCGCGCCAGAACUAGAAGCGCUCCUCCACCUUUUUUCCGGCUCCAGCCUGUCGGUGCUGCCCCAGCCUGAGGGAAAUUCAGGACGUGUGCCCUACUCGGCCAUCACGCGUGCCGCAAAACUCUGUUCUUCCACCCCCGGCCGCGAGAAGCGAGAAGAGUGCCUCCUGUCCCAGCCCCACGGGCGCCCAGCUGCCUCUCAAAACAGCAGCCUCCUCCAAACGAAAUGAAGCCGCCGCCUGACUCGGUCCGUCCCCAUGCCUCUCAGCCGGUGGCUGCUGCUUGCUUUUUUGCCCAUCACAGACUCGUGACGACGCAUUCACUUCUCAACAAACUCGCAAGCCUGAGUCAGUUACGAUUCCUCUUC